AUGGCGCACCUAUACGUGUGUCAGUCUGGCCCACCACGGGCAUACACCGCCAAGAAUGCGGGCCCCGGUACGUACCUCGACCAGGUCGUCGAUCCCGAACGGAAUGGUGCACUGCGGAGACUUCGGUCGAAGGUACCAACGAUGAAAGGCAUUAUUUUCGACCACGCUUCUGCACACUCGACGCAGGCUGCUGUCGUCGCCUGGUCUGGCACUUCUGCGCGACGGUGGCAGUCGUUGACAGAGCGGUGCGGCUUCAUCGAGACAGCGGAAGAGGCAGCAUCCCAAUCUGCUGCAGUCGGCGCCGCUUCUCUAACCAGUGAGCUCGAGCCGGUUCUGCAGCUGUCACCGCAUAUAUCACUGUUGCCCGACAGUGCAAGUGGUAACGCCAAAAGUGCUGCCUCGGUGAUUGAACACGUCAAGUGGCCUCGUCCCCACUUUGUUCCCACGAUGUGGGCACGCACCCACCAAGCGUAUGGGGCGGCUUUGGGAGGGGUAGCAGAGACUGCGGCAGUGCAUCACCCGUACAGUGACGAGCAGACAUUUACAGCCUCCGUAGGUACGAGAGACGCUGGCGCAGCGCACUCUUCGCUGAUUUCAACGCUGGUAGAGGCGGUUAAACUUCUGCAACAGCCACUUCGCAGUCGCCCUUCACCUGUAGUGGCGCCGGAGCCAGGUGCCGCUACACCGGCUUCCUUUGCCUUUGCGCAGAAGAUCCUAAUAGAGUACGAGAAGCUCUCCCGGGACGAUCUCCUGAUCGAUUUCUACGUCACUUACCCCACUCGACCAGCAGUCUCUUCUGCGCCACCACCGCCUCCGCAUUCAGAGCUUCCCGUCGCCGCCGCCUGCUCGAGGUCACCCAUGCGCACGGUACCACCGCUGGCCACCUCCACUCGAUUGGCCAGCGAGGAGCAAGCGAUACGCGGGUCAGAAAACGCUAAAGGAGUUGCGAGCACAGGAAUUUCUUCGACUGGGGAGUGGCGCCGCUUUCGGGUGGUGCUUCCCGGCGCUCUCUGGUCUUUUGUUCUCCGCCGUCACCGCCACCUACUCACCCGCGCCCUGAGGCAAGAUGUUGAAUCUGUCUUGCUUCCUGAUGAAGCGGUGGAGGUCGCUAGUCUGCAUGCUUCCGAGGUGGAGAUCGAGGUUAUCCUGACUGUAAGGCAACCUUCCAGUUUGCAGUCGAAGAUCUCUACCACUCUGUCAUGUAGCUUCUUCGCACAGACGUGGGAGGUGUACAACGUCGUGUCGUUUUUCCUUUCGCGCGAGGUGCUGCCGACACUACCUCAGUCGGUGCUGUGGCCACCGCCGUCGUAUGAGGUCACCACUAGCGCCGGCACUGCUACAGCGCAUGCCGCGCUGGGUGAGGCUGCGAGUACACUGCAGCCGACGACAAUGCCAUCACUGCCUCUGCCGGCAGUGCUGCUCAAACACCAGGCGCCAGCGACCUCGCUUACAAAAGCGUCGCUGCCAGACAUCACUACCAGUGGCGCGACGUCGGAGGUGCGCCGGCUGCUGCAGCUUAGGGUGCCUUUGCUGUUUUUGGCUGAGGACUCCGGUGAGCUGCAGCGACUCAUCAAUGCGGCACCAUCACAGCUGCGGCUGGCUCUCCGCCGGGACGCUAUGUGCGCUGCAUCGAAUGUGAACAACGUGCAAGUCCAGUCGUGGGCGGUUCAGCCAUCCGGCCUCUACGUUGAGCUUCUCCUGUGCUGCGAAGACGGAAACGGUGCGCACAUGGCGCUCAAUGCUGAGAGGGCAAUGGAUCGCUGCCCGUUUGCUGAAACGUGGGACGUUAUUCGAGCCUACGCGACUGACCUCGUACCCGUGACCGCCACGGUGCCGAAUGCUAUGAAGCGCUGCGCUUCAACGCCGCAGCACACGCCAGCAUCGGAGCGGGCGGAGGGGAGUAUGAUGACGACGGCACACACCGAGGCAAAAGUCAUGACCGCGGCCGCACCACAGUGGGAGUUUCCUGUGCGCUCUGCCUCACCGUUCAUAGAGAAGGUGCGGCAAUCGUGGCCCCAGCCUGAGGGUGCUGUGCUGAGGGGCUCUACGUACGCAGGUAGCGAACGGUACAGUGUAAGCACUACCGACACUGUCUACAGAUUCGUUUCUGGAAGCGGUGCCAGCCUCUGCGGGAACUAUUCUGAGGAGGGCGUGAACGCAGGUAACGCCGCAGCAAGUUCUGUGGCGGCGAUAUCACACCACACACCGCCGGUGGUGUCAUGGCAGAGCCGCAUCACUGAGACGAUGGAGACCAAAAGGACUCCCUCAGUUGCGUCUGCGAUUGCACCGAGACGGGUGAAUACGUCAGCCGAGGUCUCGCACCUGGGGGAGACAAAUUCGGCGCAGCCGUUGCUUUCCACAACUUUCUCCACACCAAAAACACAAGGGACCGGUGCUCCUCGCACGAACUUCGCGACACAGACGGUGCAGCUGCCGCCGCGGGUGUGCCCAGCAGCAGAGGGCGUCUCUUUGGUAACGGAUGUGCGUGAGCGAGUGGCACAGGCCUUGCCCGCGUCGACCGAGCACUCCUCCGAGCAACUCACGCCGUGCAGAACGGUGACCAAAACUACACUGGUGCGCCCUGCCGAUCAGGUGGGCAAGGUUCUGCUGCCUCCCUGUCUGCCUCAACCCUUGCUGCCCACACCACGGCACUCGGCGCAGCACCCGGAAGCCGUCGGGCAGGAGUCGCUUGCCUCUCGCAUUUAUUCUUGUGAAGACGAGAGCGCGACAUUCCUUCGAAACGACAAAACCACACAAACAGUGCAGAAUAACGAAGAGAGGGGGUCAUUCAGUCGGCCACAUGAACCGACUGUACCACUCCUGCGCACCGCUGUCGUGAAGCAGGCACGUGCGGCACCGUCGGCGGAGAUAUCGGUGACCUCGUCGCGACACAUGACCGAAGAUCGCCAACCGUCCGACCAGCAACGGUGUAGCAGCCUUGAGAUAAAUGCAUCCGCUGAGCUGAUAACUCGCGGCAUCGGCGGUCAGGAGUCGAACGAAACUCUGCCCCCUGACGGGGACACUGGAUUGGCAAUGGAAUUAGAGGUGGAGAAGGCUGAUUCGGACAGCACGAAAGGAACGUGUCUCUCCCUCAUGGCAGGGAAGAAAUGGCAGACGCUGCUGGCAGAGCGCCCGCUACUUCACCAGGGCACCUUGCAGGAAGACGUGCACACUUGGUGCGGCGUGCUCACGACAGCGAUGGAAAACGUGAUUACGUGCGCCAACAAGCUCCACGACGAGGGGAUGAUUGCACUGGGUAUGCCGCUGCAGUCGUCCAGCCUCGCUCAGAAGGCUGAGACGAGCACCACCGACUCCGCCACCUCCUCUGUCUUUUCAUCCAUCAUGAAGCAGGAUCCCUUCGUGUUGCCGCUGCGCCACAUGUUGGAUUUUGACGAACAGCAAGCGCAGCGCACGCGCAUGGGUGCGCUGCGCUCAAGUGUCGCGUCGUCCACGCGUAGCGCGGCCGAGGCCACGAUGCACUUCCGCGCCAUUCCUAGUGAAAACGUAUGGGACACCUCCGUGAAGGCUGUGAUCAUCAGUCAACUGGAGGCGUUUUCCCCGCUCUCUGCGUCAUCAGCGUCUUCGCCAGCACAGCGCGCACCAGCAGUGCACGUUAAGCUGCCUGGAGCCCUGCAGGAUCGACGGCGUGCAGACGACGGCGAUGGCGUGACGCAAGCAGCGCUGGACGACGUUGAGGCGCUGCGGAUGACAACCAUCGCUCAUGGCAGUUCACUACAGGUCGACUUCUCUGUCUCAUCAGCUGCUUUGCUGGGUGCACGGAGUCCGCCGCCGUUUAGGCGAGAGCUUGAGCGGUGGCCGCCGUUUCACAGCUCCGAGCUCUGCGAGGCUGCCGCACUCCGUGCACCCGCACGUGUGCAUCUUCGUCGCUUCUUUGUCACCCCGGGGCUCACUGAGGAGAAGUUGGUAGGGCAGUUGGAGGUUGCGCGCUCACUAUUUCUUGUGGAGACGUACGCCGUGCUUAACACAUCAGACGAUGUGGUGGAGGAGCUGCAUCUCUCCGCCCACCUCACGGUGGACGCGACGGUGCGGGUGCCGAACAGUCACCUUGUAGCAGAGUGGUCAUCGGCCCUGAUGGAGUACGACUACCCACAGCUCAAUGAACUACUUCACGAGUUGGUGGCGAGAGAAACGUCGCAGGCACCACCACAGGUAGAGGUAAAUGUACAGCCGGAGGCGACGCGCCGGAAAAGUCCCUUAUCCAGCACCACGUUGCUGCGUCCGCCAACGGCUGGUGCGGCGCUGGUAGCGCCAAAAGGCGGAGACACCAGUUCACACGCUGUCUACGUAACGGGCGACUUGUGGCGGGCGGUAAUCGAGCAGCACGCGGAUGUGCUGCGCGAGGCGCUCAUCUCAGAUGCCACCGCAGCUUUCUCUGCUGUCGCGGUCUCGAUGCUCAGAGUAAUCACGGUGCCGCACGGCAACGACGCGGUGUUUACGUUUCUUCUCCAAAACCACGGCACGAGCUCGCUGCGCGUGGUGGAGGACGCGCUACAGAAAUGCCCUUUUAGUGAGGCCUGGGCGUUGUACCGCCGCUUUCGCGGAACGUUGCGCCACCCCAGCUAUCAUCAUGUUCUAAACGAUGUGUAUACGGUGCAGCUAGACGGAAAAGUCUGGGAUCAGGUGUUGAUGGAGCAUGGCGACCUCCUUGCGGAGACCUUUGUGCGGGAAGUACUAGAGUGCCUACGUGGUAGCUACGGCGCUGCUGUGCCUGUCAGCGUUGGGGUGACGGGCAUCGCGGCGAAGCCAGAUGGGCUCACGAUUGCGUACGAUGUAGCUAGCACGGAACUCUGUUUCAGCGUUGAUCGAGAGCGUGUGGCGCACGCUGUCCUGGCAUACCCCUUCCUCCAGCUGUGGAAAGUGUACGAUGCCUUCAUCCUGACCCAUGAUCCGUUCAAGCACACCAAGAGGACGCGCUGGCUUGCCUCCCACCAUCUUAGCACCACAUGCGAUGUCGCCGAAGUGCCGAACCAGCGCCGGCGCUCGCACAUCGAACCUGUGCUGCAGAUGCCACUUGACCUUCUCGAGUCCCAUCCCGCUACCGCUUCGCUAGAUGAGGACGUGGAGAAAGCAACCUCCCCGACUGCCAGGAGCAUACCGGAGAUGGUGAAAGGGCUGAGGGAAUACGAGCUGAAGCGCUUGCCAGCGCUAGCGAGUGUGUCGGCACCUCCAGUCUCGGUAGUGCUGCCCGAGGCUGCAGUUGUGCCUCGUACGCGAGCCUCGCUAGUGGACUUCACAGAAGCGAUGGAGGACGAGCACGCGAGGGUGGAGACGCGCGCCGAAAACGAGUCCCUGCCACUGCUGCCUCCGCAGACAUUCUUGUCAAAGCGGAGCCAGCUGCGGGAACAGCCGCAGCGGCGGCACCACAACAGCGCCCAUGCAGAACACAAGUGGCAUGAUCGGCAGUCGUGGGUCAAAGAGCCACCAACGAAUACUUGCCAGGGAAGAGCACGGAGGGACGCUGCGACCGAGUCAUCAACUGAAACGGAGUACGAGGAGGAUGUCGAAGCAGUGGAGGACGUACCAUCGUGGAAGAGCAGCGAAUUUGUCGAACAGACAGCCCCAGUGUCGCCUGUGUCUCAACUGGCCGGGCACCAUCCACCUGAACUCAGUCAGUCGCUGCAGCAAAGUUUUCCACCUCUAUGCAGCAGCGCCGUCGCAGGACUAGGCGUCCCUGUCCAUGCCGUGACAAUCGCUACCAAGGCCGCUCCCAUUACCUGCGUGCCACUGACACGAUCACCACUAAUGACGGCCCCCCAAAGCACUGCGCCAGUGAAGCGUCGCCCGUCCUCUGGGGCUCAACCGCUCCCUCCUUGUUUUCGAGCUCCCCAAAACGCUGCUUCUCCCGCUGCCCUCUCCCCGUCGUUCGUCCCCAUUGGGGUCGCCGCGGUCCCUUCCCAGGCGCCUGUGAAUUAUACUCCACCGUCGCCGGUUAAACACACGCAGCGUGCUACCUCAACACUCAAAAAGGAGUAUCCGUCGCGUCCGGGACCAAGAACGUUUGGUGACGAGGCUGCAUGCCUGCCAGCACAGCGUACCAGUCCUACGCGCUUCAGGGAGAGGCUUUCAUCACGUCCCGGGUCAAGCACGGCAGGUGAUGAGCCUCUGGAUGCGCUACAGCCGUACACCGAGGCGGAAGGCAAGACACACGGCAAGCUGCGGGCCGCACAUGCCCAUCUCCCGCUAACGACAUUACCGCCUCUCCUAAACGUUUUCUCAGCGGCGCCCAUUAAAGUUCUUGACGUGCGCAUGACGCAUUCGCCUAUGGUGGCCGUGCCUGUCACAGCACCAACCGCUAGCAGCAUACCCACACCCAGUCCCCCUCAGCAAACUGUACAUCACUCCGGCACCACGACCGUGCCUCGCGUGCUUCUACAGGGAAGCCAAGCCAAGAAUGCAUCGCGGGACUCGUACAGUGCACCGGGCCUGUCCUCCAACGGACCGACUUUAUCCCAUGACAGCUGCUCUCCGCAGAUGCUUACACCCACGUCCUGCUCUUUCCUCCACGGCAAUACGGCGACAAUGCGAUCCAGAGUCACCAGCGCGUUGCCUGUACCACCACUGCAAGGCGGAACGAUGCGCUCUCGUCACUUGACACCAUUUGUCGUCGUCUCUACGGAGCCGAGCAGGAGUCUACAGAAGUUGUGGGACGACGUGGACUCGGUCGAAGAGGCGGUUCGCACGCAUUUCCCUCGAAUGAAGCGCGAGCUGAUGGCGACUACCACGGCCAUGCUGCCCGACUUAUAA